GCGGGGGAGGGCAGGGUCCUGGUCCGGUGCAGUUCCCAUGUUGCCGUUCCUGUCCCGUUGCGACAUGGCCCUGCGGAGGGUGCUGGCGCUGGGGGCGGCCCUGGGGCGCCGCGGCUGCUGCUCCAAGCCCUCGCUGCCCGCUGACUUCGUGGAGGCGCUGAGGGCCGUGGCUGGGGCCCCCAAUGUCUCCACGGCCACAGCAGCGCGGGAGCAGCACGGCCACGAUGAGUCCAUGCACCCCUGUGCCCCCCCGGACGUCGUGGUGUGGCCCCAGGCGGUGGGGCAGGUGCAGGAGCUGGCAGCCCUCUGCCACCGCUGCCGGGUGCCCAUGGUGCCCUUUGGCACGGGUACCGGCCUGGAAGGAGGCGUCAAUGCCGUGCAGGGCGGCGUCUGCUUCGACCUGAGCCGCAUGGACGCCAUUGCGGAGCUGAGCCUUGAGGACUUCUCGGUGACAGUGGAGCCCGGAGUGACCCGCAAGGCCCUCAACAAGCACCUGCGUGGCACCGGGCUCUGGUUUCCUGUCAGGGUCCUGGGGCUGGGGGUGACAGCUCUGGAGGUGCUGGGGAUGAGGACACACUUGAGGAACUGUGGACUGUGGUUUGUUUUUAGGUGUGCUGUGAUUUCAGAGCAGUAGCAGAGGUGCCUCUAGGACUGAGGGUGCCAUGGUUCCUGAGGUUCUGGAAGGGAUGGAUCGCCAGCACUUGGAAUGUUUGGGGCCGGGGGCUAUCAUCCUGUCUGCUGCCACACCAAAUCGAUAGCUCCCAUGGUGGCCAUGGAUCCUGGCACGGUGCUGUGAGGGACAUUCACUCCACAGCAGUUCAGGGCCCAUGUGGCUCCCCCCUGCACUGCCACCCCUCCUUUCCCCCCCAA